ACAAUCUUAAGGUCUCUCUCCCCCGCUGCAUAUAACAGAAUCCAGGUCUUCUUCCUCUCAGUCAUCUCCCGCUCUGAUGUCGUCCAGUAUGUCCAUGCGGAGCUUCUCUGUUGGCCGUCAGCCAUCUUUUUCCAGUCACUCCCUGAGAGAAAGUGGCCGCGCUCGCUCCAGAGCCUCUGUCUCCUUCACUGCCGCCAGUCCCCUGGCCCGCUCUGCGUCUGUCAGCCACGACUUGAAUGGUCAGCCGGUCACCCUGAACCUCAAUGGGCAACUGGGCAACCACACAAAUGAGAAGGAGGCCAUGCAGAGCCUUAACAACCGCCUGGCCAACUAUCUGAACAAGGUGCGCACACUAGAGAAGUCCAAUGCAGAUCUGGAGCAGAGGAUCAAGCAGAUAAUGAUUGAGCGCAUCCCUAAAGGUCAUGACUUUGAAACCAUGAUGGCCCAGGCACACCAGGUGGCACAGGAGGUGAGGAAGAAGACGCUGGAGAAUGCUCGCCUCAUGCUGGAGAUUGACAAUGCUAAACUGGCAGCUGAUGACUUCCGGAUCAAGUGGGAGACAGAGAUGUGUAUGUCCCAGUCUGUGGAGAGGGACUGCAUGGCCCUGAAAAAGGCCAAGUUGGACCAUGAGCAGAUCAUUGUGACCCUCAGGGGAGACCUAGACAGCCUGAAAGAAGAGCUUUACUUCCUCAAGAAGAACCAUGAGGAGGAGGUGGAGUCUAUGAAGGGCCAUAUUUCUUCCCAGACCGUCAAUGUGGAGGUGGAAGCGGCCCGUGGGGGACCUGACCUGGGCACGGUCAUGUCGGAUCUCAGGUCCCAGUAUGAGGGCAUCGUCCAGAAGAACAAAGAACAAGCUGAGCAGUGGUACCUCAAGAAGGAACUUGUGUGUGGUGUGUUACAGCUUGAGACGGUGCAGAACGAAGUGAAGGAGUCGAACGAGGCUUUGAGGGGUGCUCAGGGUGAGCUGGUGGAGAGACAGCGCUUCCUUCAGACGCUGGAAGUGGAGCUGGACAGUCUGCACAAACAGGUGGCCGCUCUGGAGGGUAAUCUGGGACAGACAGGUCAGAAAUACAGUGCAGAGAUGGACAACCUGCAGACCACCCUGUCUCAGCUGGAGGAGGACCUGUCUCAGCUGCGUCUCGACAUGCAGCGCAACAAGACAGACUACGAUCAGCUGCUCCGCAUCAAGCAGAACUUGGAGAUGGAGAUUGCCACCUACAGAAGACUGCUGGAGGGAGAGGAGAUGAUGGUUAAAGAAGUCCCCCCACCAAUAAAAGAGCCGGAUGUGCGGACCAGGAAGAUAGUGAAGGUUGUGACACAGACCAUGAUCAAUGGCAAGGUGGUGGACGAGUCCAGCGAGGUGGAACAGAUAGAAGAGGAAAUGUCCAAGAAGAAGUGAUAGGGGCAUCUUCAUCAUUGUCAUCUUUAUUAUUACCUGUAACACAUUGGGUAAAUGGUUAGUUGAUGGUGAGUCCUUUUACAUGGACUGUGUAAUGUCUGUUUCAAUCCCAUUAGAGUUAGUUUUCCCUGUUUCUCUCCAGAGCAUCCUGCAUAACCUCAUUGACAUUUCUAGAGAUACUUUGAGAUAAAGUGUAAGCGAAUUGGAUAUCCUCUAAGGUGUUCCAUUUUAGAGAAGUCCCUCAGCUGUCAGAGGAAACUCCCUCAGUUAUGUCUCGAUCGCUACAAAGUUUUUGCUUUUUCAGAAAACUAUUUAUUUCUACAUUUAGGUAGCAAGGAUUAGUAAUCUCUUUCACUUGAAUUCCCAUUCUUCAUGUUUUUGUGUUUGUUUUGUAUACGCUUCUGUAAGUUGGAAAAUAAAGGCUAGUCAUUAAAUCAAAGUUGGUGUAUUAA